AUGUUAAAGAUAAAAACUUUAUUCCUACUCAUUGUUGAAAUUGUAUAUAUCAUUUCCCAGGAAUGUUCUCCUGAGACUUAUUAUACGAUUAAAACAGAUCGUCUGUCUUUACCGCCAGAUGAAAUCAUAUCGAAUCAUACCGUCAACUCAGGGUUUGUGCCGAUAGAAUGUUACGAACUCUGCAAAAAGGAAUCCAAAUGUGUUGGAUUCAACUACAGAGACAAGAUCAAUGUUGUGAACUGCCAACUGACAAACGUCACAGGAAAGAGAGAUCACACUGCCAUGACUGGAGAAUGGACACUAAUGCUCGAUUACAAAGCGGAAAUGAGAAGAAUGGAGAUUUUGAACUCAGCGACCAGCUGUGCCUAUCUGUAUAACAAAGGAAUAAGAAAAGAUGAUGUUUAUACCAUAAAUCCUGAUGGCCUGGGAUCGUUUCAAGUCAGAUGUGAUAUGAGCACAGACGGGGGUGGCUGGACCGUGUUUCAAAGAAGACAAGAUGGAAGUCAGAAUUUCUACCUUGGAUGGUCAGAGUAUAAAGCAGGCUUUGGUGAUCUCAACGGCGAGUUCUGGUUGGGCCUUGAUAAAAUACAUCGUUUGACCAAAUCUCGUCAAAAUGUCUUAAGAAUUGAUUUGAUGGAUUUCAAUGGCGCUGAACGUUACGCUAAAUAUGGAACGUUUAGUGUGGCUAAUGAAUCAGACAAAUACAGAUUAAAUAUUGGCAGUUAUUCAGGUAGUGCAAAUGAUGGUCUUGCCUUGCACAAUCAAAGGCAGUUCACUACCAAGGAUAGCGACAAUGAUUCUCGAGGUUAUGGUAAUUGUGCUAUGUUCUUCAAAGGUGCUUGGUGGUACGAUAACUGUCAUCAUUCCAACCUCAAUGGCCUGUACCUGGGCGCAGGCCACCGUAAUGACUCCGGAAUAAAAUGGAACCUAUGGCACGGACAUUCAAUGAGAAAGACAGAGAUGAAAUUUCGUCCAAACCAGCUUUAAGACAUUCUCAGUAUACACGAACAAGAAACAAACGUUCAUAUGUCGCUCUCGUGAAAAAGUUGAAAUAAUGAAAUA